AUGGCCCCCGCCCGGGGCCGCCUGCCCCCCGCUCUCUGGGUCGUCACGGCCGCGGCGGCGGCGGCGGCGGCCACCUGCGUGUCCGCGGCGCGCGGCGAAGUGAAUUUGCUGGAUACGUCCACCAUCCACGGAGACUGGGGCUGGCUCACAUAUCCGGCUCACGGGUGGGACUCCAUCAACGAGGUGGACGAGUCCUUCCAGCCCAUCCACACGUACCAGGUGUGCAACGUCAUGAGCCCCAACCAGAACAACUGGCUGCGCACGAGCUGGGUACCCCGCGACGGCGCCCGGCGUGUCUACGCCGAGAUCAAGUUCACCCUGCGUGACUGCAACAGCAUGCCCGGUGUGCUGGGCACCUGUAAGGAGACCUUCAACCUCUACUACCUAGAGUCAGACCGAGACCUGGGCGCCAGCACCCAAGAAAGCCAGUUCCUCAAAAUCGACACCAUUGCGGCGGACGAGAGCUUCACAGGGGCCGACCUGGGCGUGCGACGCCUCAAGCUCAACACGGAGGUGCGGGGCGUGGGCCCCCUCAGCAAGCGUGGCUUCUACCUGGCCUUCCAGGACAUCGGCGCAUGCCUCGCCAUCCUGUCUCUCCGCAUCUACUACAAGAAGUGCCCCACUAUGGUGCGCAACCUGGCCGCCUUCUCGGAGGCGGUGACGGGGGCCGACUCGUCCUCGCUGGUGGAGGUGCGGGGCCAGUGUGUGCGGCACUCCGAGGAGCGGGACACGCCCAAGAUGUACUGCAGCGCCGAGGGCGAGUGGCUGGUGCCCAUCGGCAAGUGCGUGUGCAGCGCUGGCUACGAGGAGCGGCGGGAUGCCUGUGUGGCCUGUGAGCUGGGCUUCUACAAGUCGGCCCCCGGGGACCAGCUCUGCGCCCGCUGCCCUCUCCACAGCCACUCUGCAGCCCCUGCUGCCCAGGCCUGCCGCUGUGACCUCAGCUACUACCGCGCAUCCCUAGACCCGCCAUCUGCAGCCUGCACCCGGCCACCCUCCGCGCCCGUGAAUCUGAUCUCCAGCGUGAAUGGGACAUCCGUGACCCUGGAAUGGGCCCCUCCCCUGGAUCUGGGUGGCCGCAAUGACAUCACCUACAACGCCGUGUGCCGCCGCUGCCCUUGGGCAUUGGGCCACUGCGAGACCUGUGGGAGCGGCCCCCGCUUCGUGCCUCAGCAGACAAGCCUGGUACGGGCCAGUCUGAUGGUGGCCAACCUGCUGGCCCACAUGAACUACUCCUUCUGGAUCGAGGCCGUCAACGGUGUGUCUGACCUGAGCCCUGAGCCCCGCCGGGCAGCGGUCGUCAACAUCACCACGAACCAGGCAGGUAGGCGGAGUGGCUCGGGCUGGCAGCUUCCCCGGCCCCUGGCCCUGCCUUCCUCCCCAGGACUCGGAGCUCCGGGCUCUCCAGGCCGGGCAGGAGCUGACCGGAAAGGGAAGGAGCUAGAAGGGAGGAGUUCUGCUCUGUCCCCGACCCGGGUCAGGACUGAGGCUAGAGCUGUCCUCCCCAGGCACUGCGGCUACAGCAAGGCCUUCCAGGACUCGGACGAGGAGAAGAUGCAGUAUCAGAACGGGCAGGCACCCCCACCUGUCUUCCUGCCCCUGCACCACCCCCCAGGGAAGAUCCCGGAGCCCCAGUUCUAUGCAGAACCCCACAAUUACGAGGAGCCAGGGCGGGCGGGCCGCAGUUUCACCCGAGAGAUUGAAGCCUCCAGGAUCCACAUCGAGAAAAUUAUCGGCUCUGGGGAGUCCGGUGAGGUCUGCUAUGGGCGGCUGCGGGUGCCGGGACAGCGGGAUGUGCCCGUGGCCAUCAAGGCCCUCAAAGCUGGCUACACAGAGAGGCAGCGGCAGGACUUUCUGAGUGAGGCGUCCAUCAUGGGUCAGUUUGACCACCCCAAUAUCAUCCGCCUGGAAGGAGUUGUCACCCGUGGCCGCCUGGCAAUGAUCGUGACCGAGUACAUGGAGAAUGGCUCUCUGGAUGCCUUCCUGCGGACUCACGACGGGCAGUUCACCAUCACGCAGCUGGUGGGCAUGCUCAGAGGCGUGGGCGCCGGCAUGUGCUACCUCUCGGACCUGGGCUACGUCCACCGAGACCUGGCUGCCCGCAACGUCCUGGUUGACAGCAACCUGGUGUGCAAGGUGUCCGACUUCGGGCUCUCCCGGGUGCUGGAGGAUGACCCUGGCGCGGCCUACACCACCACGGGAGGCAAGAUCCCAAUCCGCUGGACAGCCCCGGAGGCCAUCGCUUUCCGGACCUUCUCCUCAGCCAGCGACGUGUGGAGCUUCGGUGUGGUCAUGUGGGAGGUGCUGGCCUACGGGGAGAGGCCCUACUGGAACAUGACAAACCGUGAUGUCAUCAGCUCCGUGGAGGAGGGGUACCGCCUGCCCGCACCCAUGGGCUGCCCCCGCGCCCUGCACCAGCUCAUGCUGGACUGCUGGCACAAGGACAGGGCCCAGCGGCCUCGCUUCUCCCAGAUUGUCAGUGUCCUUGAUGCCCUCAUCCGGAGCCCUGAGAGUCUCAGGGCUACUACCACUGUUAACAGGUGCCCGCCCCCUGCCUUUGCCCAGAGCUGCUUUGACCUCCGCGGGGGUGGGGGUGGUGGCGGUGGCCUCACCGUGGGGGACUGGCUGGACUCCAUCCGCAUGGGCCGCUACCGAGACCACUUCGCUGCCGGCGGCUACUCCUCGCUGGGCAUGGUGCUACGAAUGGAUGCUCAGGACGUGCGUGCCCUGGGCAUCACCCUCAUGGGCCACCAGAAGAAGAUCCUGGGAAGCAUCCAGACCAUGAGGGCCCAGCUGACAAGCACCCAGGGGCCCCGCCGGCACCUCUGA